AUGGAUUGUCAACCCAAAAAAUUAAAUAGAUUUGAUAAAGAAAGUGAAGAUACUAUUCUCAAAUAUAUGAAUGAAUGGAUUGAUAGUGGAAAACCUAAUAGAAAACCUUUUGCAAUAUUAAGCACAAGAAUUCCUUACACUCCUAAACAAAUUAGUCAUUAUUGGGCUAAUAAACUGAAUCCUAGACUUUGUUUGAACAAAAACAUACCAUUUAGCAAUGAUGAGAAGGAAUUCAUCUUUAAAUGGGUAAAGCAACAUUUAAAAACCAGUAAUAAAAAAGUACCUUGGAAAACUUUACAAACUAAAAUCUUGGAAGAUUUUGGAAAACUUCGUGCGCAAAAUGAUAUUAAAAAUUUGUGGAAUAUCCAUAAAAAAAAAUUAGAUAGAUGGGUAAAAAAAUCCUUAUCUAAGGAUAAAAAAGAAAAAUAA